GGCUGAUCAGCAUUGCAAUUUUCUGGAGGAAGAGUUGCUCUUGUGAAGUGAUCCUGACUGAGAGGAGCUGUAAAACAGGAGUAUAAAAUCCUGAAUGGCAUGAAGAAGCAGCUGUAUGUGAUACAUUCACUGGGGCCCUCUGCUGGUCACAUUCAAAAUGAAAAACUCCACUUCAAACUUGUUUGGGACUCCCAGGAAAGACUGGUAACACUUAAACAACCAAAACACCACUAAUUUUGGAGUGGGGAUGCAAAAUUUAAUUCCUCGUGGAUCAUAAAUACAUCAGCCUCUACUUAAGUGCAGGCAAAACACCGACCUUAGGAGGAGGAUUCCAUGCCAACCUGGGAAAGGAGUCACGAGCACAAACUCUACAGAACGGAAAACGGCAGAUUCACCACUUGGGAAACCAGCUUCAACUGAAUCAACACUGUCUGGAUACUGCCUUUAAUUUUUUCAAGAUGGCUGUGAGCAAGCACCUAACCCGGGGGAGAAAGAUGACCCAUGUAAUUGCUGCAUGUCUCUACCUGGUGUGCAGAACAGAAGGAACUCCUCACAUGUUACUUGACCUCAGUGAUCUUCUCCAGGUGAAUGUCUAUGUGCUGGGAAAAACUUUCCUUCUGUUGGCCAGAGAACUCUGCAUAAAUGCUCCAGCCAUAGAUCCGUGUUUAUACAUUCCUCGUUUUGCACAUAUGCUUGAGUUCGGGGAUAAGAACCACGAGGUCUCCAUGACGGCUCUCAGGCUGCUGCAGAGAAUGAAGCGAGACUGGAUGCACACCGGCCGCAGGCCGUCCGGGCUCUGUGGAGCAGCUCUGCUAGUGGCAGCAAGAAUGCAUGAUUUCCGACGUACUGUUAAAGAGGUCAUCAGGGUGGUCAAGGUUUGUGAGUCUACAUUAAGGAAAAGGUUGACAGAGUUUGAAGAUACACCAACAAGCCAGCUAACCAUAGAUGAGUUUAUGAAAAUUGACUUGGAAGAAGAAUGCGAUCCUCCCUCGUUUACAGCCGGUCAAAAAAAACUGAAGAUACAACAGCUUGAGAAGGCGUUAUCAAAAAAGCUGGAAGAUUUUGAAGGUGAAAUAUCAAGCUAUCAAGAUGAAAUAGAGAUUGAAUUAGAAAAUAGUAGACCAAAAGCAAAAGGUGUAUUUGCAAAUUUCACUAAAGAUGAAUCUAUAGAAGAUAAUGUGUCUAGCGUAUUUGGAGAGGAAGAGGCAGAAGACGAGGAACUGGAAGCAGCUGCUAAUCACUUAAACAAGGACUUUUAUAAUGAAUUUCUUCAGAAGGAUAGACUAAAAACAAGUGAAGACUGCAAAAAUGGAAAUGAAGCUCCUGUAAGACCACCCGCACUAGAAUCCUUACUUGGUCCACUCCCCACUGCAGCUAGUCUUGGCAUAACGGAGUCCAUAAAAGAGUGUAUAUCCGCUAAGGACCGAGAACUUGGUGAAAAUGCAGGAGAUGGUGAAUUAGAUCUCAGUGGAAUUGACGACAGUGAAAUAGAUAGGUAUAUACUUAACGAAACAGAAGCUCAGAUAAAAGCAGAGCUGUGGAUGAAAGAAAAUGCAGAUUAUUUGAAGGAACAAAAAGAAAAGGAAGCAAGAAUAGCAAAAGAGAAAGAACUUGGGAUUUAUAAGGAACACAAGCCAAAGAAAUCUGCAAAGAAGCGGGAGCCAAUUCAAGCCAGCACAGCAGGAGAGGCAAUUGAAAAGAUGUUAGAACAGAAGAAAAUCUCAAGUAAAAUUAAUUAUAAUGUGCUAAGGGACCUGAACAGCAAAGGAAGUAACACACCAAAGAAAGAGGAUGACAGCACUGAUGACAGCACCAACACCAAGAAGCUGUCAAGAAGAAAAUCUAAUGCCAGUAGGAAUAUAGCCAACCCUGUAAACAGUGUGGGAAAAAGAUUAAGACCUUUGAUUUCUACACAGCUAGCUAAAAAGGCUGCCACCGAAGAGGUGACCUUACCAAUUGCACAAGCAGAAGCCCCUGACUUAUCAAAACCAGCAGCUGUGCUAGUGGAGAGUGGCCCAGUAGCUUAUAACCCUGACGAAGAGGUGGAAGAGGAGGAAGCAGAAGAAGAUGACGAUCACUGCAUGAGUGCAUUGCAGUUAAUGGGAGGAAAUGAUUAUGGCUGUGAUAUGGACGACGAAGAUGGCUAUUAGUUCUAUUUGCUUCUAAAGGACAUGGACUGUUUCUUGUUCCCAGCAAGUCUGCAAUCUUCAAAAUGCGUGAAUGGUGAAAGAAGCUGUCUAUGGUCAGCAAAUGUUAUCAAACAGUCCUUACUUCAGUACAAUGAACUCCAGGUUGGCAAUGACUCUGGUCAGUUUACAUUGACCCACAACCCAGCAAUAAGUUUGGGUUUGUACUUGAAUUUUUUUUUUAUUUCGGUAGAUCAUGGUUUGAGAAUGAAAUUCCUGGGAGUUGUGUUUCCAGAGAGCAAAAGAAAAAAGACAAAAUAGACUGUAUAUAAAGCAUGUGUGGCUGGAAGCAACACAUCUCUUAUUUAUGUGACUUUGCUUUUUACACAUGCUGUUGAAAGAGAGCACAUAGAAGGGCAGACAGAAGGACAGGUAAAAAUGAGAAGCCCACCCGUUGAUUAUUUGAGUACACUAGGAUUAAUUGUCUUACAAUGCUACAACCAAAAGAAAACAUUUCCAACCCUUAUUGUAAACUUGACCCUGUCAUUGUAUGCAAGCUGCCAUACCCAGGCUUAUCAAAAAUUGAUGACAAGUUAUAUAUUAUAGGGCAGUAUCUGUUUCUCUGAAAUGAAGUAAAUACUUCUUUAUUUUAAUCAAUUCAUAGAUGUUCUAAAAGUUAUGACAAUAGAAGGUAAUGUUGGCAGUGAAGAGUUGUCUUACGCUGUGAGAUGUUGUUUAUGUGGAAGGAGGGAAAAAUCCUGGGUGAGGCAAGAAUUGCAUAGGGAGAGCAGAAGACAAUGCUGGUGUCACGUACCUUUGCUUGGAGUCCCUAGGUACAGCCAGGUCUUGUUGUGGCUGAUGUUGCUGCAGGAGAGUAACUCUCGCCGUCUCUGUAGAGCUGCUCCUGUCCAACUGAGUUGGAGUGCAGGUCUGCUCCCCAGAGCUGUGUGGCUCUAAAACCACUUGAAAGCAAGAGAAAGCUGAGCUUUUUAAUAAAUAAGCUAGCAUCUGCUUUGGCUGAAUUUAAUUUAAUGUAAUUUAUUUAACUUUCUAUGGGUAAAUUAAAGGUCACCAUGCAGCAGUCUGACUUCCAUGGCUCAAAUCCCACCCUUGAACAGUCGCUGCUACAUGGAGCUCCAGCUGCAUGUGCCCCAAAAUGUCAGCAGGUCCUUCUCAUCCAGAUAAAGCAGCCUUCGCAAUGCAGUGGGACAGGGGGUCAGGGAUGGAGCCAGAUCCCACCCUGUCGCCUCUGACCUGAUACUGCCAUGGCCCAAGGCUCUCAACUCAGUGUGAGAUGCAUGGCACUCUGGGUCUUGGUCUAGAUGACUGCAGCUGCAGAAGCAAAGAUGUUUUUAUCUCUCUCCUUUGUCUCGUGACAAUCACGAUUGUAGAUUUCUCUUCUACCAGGGAAAGAUGAAUGUUUAUCUUACCAACGUGGUUUCUGUUAAGCUGUCUUUCCUGGCCGGCUCAUCCUUCCUAUUCUUUUUGAGGAGCACUGAUCAUUAAAGCACCUCCCCUUCUCCUGCCAUGGAGGGUGGCUAGUGGCUGGAGAAGAAGCUGCCUCGGGAAGCUGUCUAGCUCCUCCCAGUCAGAGUGACAGAGGAAAGGACCGAUGGUGCUUGUACCUGUGGUCAUCACCAACGAGGGGAAGGACCAUAUGGCCUUCCGUACCUCUUCUGUCCCUUUCAAUAACAUGCAUAAGAGGGAUCGUGUAAAUAGAGCAAGAGCAAGUGCUUGUGUUAGGAACAGACUUGAUUUUCUUUGGCUGGUAAAUGUAGUUUGUUGAGUAGGUUGUAUUUGCUAGAUAUUUCUGAGUAGUGAGCAGCAGUAUUUCUGCAAUGAUUUCUCUUAACUGCGGAACUUGGUAACAAAAAUGAUGUAGUGAGGCUAAUGGGAAGAAAAGCUCUUCUGAACCAGAUAUCAGUUACUGGGUUUGCAGCACUUCAGUGGGAAAGAAGAGAUUCCUUGUAAUUCUUAGGGGAACAGCUGGCGUUUUCACCAAAAAGCGAUAGAUUUUUUUUCUGAUACUUUAUAAAUACUGCACAAAAAAGUACAUUGAGGAGAUAAACCUUUCUACCUCUCUUUUAUCUAUACCAUAAUUCAAAAUCAUGCUGUAAGCAGACAAUAAAAAAAAAAGUAGUUUGUUUUAUCAAAGUUCAUGGUCUGCAAGUCUUUAAGACAGCUGAGUCUGAGCAUUUGGGUUUGAAUUAAUCUGCCAAUAGCACUAUUACAAAUACCCAUGCUCUCAGUAUAUUCUCAAAGCUGGGUUUUAUUCCAAGGUACACAUUAUUCUCUAUGCAGGAAAUAAACAUGCAUAAAUAAACAUGCGUAUGACUCAUGUAGGUCGAGUGCUUUUCUCAAAUGCAUAAUGUUGGUUCUUAAAGAAACUGCUAAGAUGAGUUCUUUAUUGCUAAGGGUCUUUCCUGCAGUUUUCUGUGUAGAUUUUCAUUGGUUUGUUCCCCCAAAAGAAUACUAAACCUGCUGCCAAUGUAGUGGUAUUAUGUGCGAGAGCUGAGAGUCCACUCAGAUAACUCCUGCUAGUAAAUUUGAAUUUCAGUAGCACAUUGCAUUGCUGAGAACAUUGUUUCCUGCGCUGGGAGUAGAGGAUGCUUCUCUAUAUAGGACAGGAAAAAAAUUGCAGUUUUUGAAUGCUCUCAUAUGAUUUGAUUAGAGAAGGCUAUCACAUAGUCUGCUAGAAGGGCACUUGGAGAGCAAAAAAGGACCUGCAAAUCCAUAGCAUCUCAAUAUUGCUGGUGAAGUUAAUGGCAUGAUUUCUGUACAGGAGUCCUAAAGGAAAAGCCAUGGUAUUGGGUAGGGAGACUUCACUUUGAGCAUUUUAAGGCUUCUUAAACUAUAGUGGUUAUGUAUAUUUUUAAUUUAUUGGUGACUUACCGGGACUUUUAUAAUGUUCAUUCCUUCUUGAUUUAACUAAGCUCAGGAAAUGUAAACAGAUUAGAAUAUGCUAGUUUCUGUUUUUAUAGCUAGUCAUUAAAAUGUAAAAAGAUUAACACUGCAUUAACUCUGUUUACUACUGUUGAUGUAUCUGGACAAUUUUGUUGUAUGUAAGUGAGCCUGUAUUCUCUUGGAGUAAUUUGGACCCUGCUUUUUUCAGGAUUCUGAUUAUAAUGAAGAGAGAUUAUAAGGCUUCCAUAUUUGUUGUUCCUCGGUCAUUUUCCUUGAACCCAUACAAGCUGUAUAUCAUAGGUUUUCUUCCAUAAAGCAUGUCUCGUUGCAAGUCACUUUGCUUGACAAGCAAAACCCUCCAGCUGUUGCAUCCAGCUUGUCUGCCGUGCAGCCUUUUAACAGUCUUUUAUUGUGGGGAUAAAAAAGAAAAGAAAUAAAGAAAAUAAGGGGAUUCUUCACUGUGGUGAGUGCAUUUUCAGUGUCUUAAUCAUCCAUGACAUUUCUUUAAAAUCACUGUGUUCAGUACAGCAACUUUUAAAUGGUGCCAGACAACCUUGUCUUGAGGGUUAAAUGUGUUCGGCUAAAAAGUUCUUGCCAUCCUGAUGGCUUGUUUGUAUUCUUUGGAUUGCAUUGAAGCUCUAGUUGCAGAUGUGUACAGUUAAUGUAGAGUUUUGCCUAAUAAAUGUUCUGUUUCUUAUUUUUGUGUUGAAACCUUGCAUUUGAUUCAGUUAGUGCCAAGGAAAUUAAACCUGUUUGAUGUAAGCAUAUGUAUCUUCCUUACACACCACACAUGAGCCAUGUUAAGCUUUUUUUACUGUAAUAUAUUUGCUGUAAAUAAAAAGUACAACCCUUGAAAAAC